GAACGACUCCAUAACAACCAUUCUGGACAUCAAUAAUUUGCCAGUAUCUUGAAAGAGCCGUAAUGACAUCUUGCUGACUGCUAGAGACUACACCAUGUCUGAUCGUCGCGAAGUCACAAAAUGCCUGUUGGCCUGCAACUACUGCCGGUUGAAGAAGGCCAAAUGCAGUGGCUCUCACCCUUGUGGUACCUGUAUGGACCACAAUGAGGACUGUGUCUACCCAGAAGCGCAGCGUCGCUCGCGAAAGAGAAAGCUGGAGGAGCGGGAACAACAGGUUGAACAUCAGCUCGCGCGGAUGGAGAUGAUGUUGAGAGCUGCUACCCAGCAAAUGCCAGCCUUGGCUCAGGAUCAGCAUCUCGCUCAAACUGUAACUGAACCUCGGCAGCCAAAUCAAAUCGAUAGCGGCGUUGUCGCCUCACGAAACCAUGUGCCUCAGCAAGAACAAAGUGCAGCGCCAACAGACCCUUCACCACAAGAGUCGAGGACGCCAGUGGGCGGCGACGCGGAGAAAUCGCAAUGGCGCCAGGAUCCCGAGCAGAAUUGCCCCUCUGUCCAAGACGAUAGCAUAGAGGUUCGAGUCGACGCGAUAACUGGACAAAAUGAAGCAUCGGUUUAUGGUAUUAGCCCAAUCGUACCCUCGUCGCCUCGGCAGCAACCGCCCCUGCCCAACUCAGCUGUCGCCAGUUACCAAGAUCUCUUAUCUUCGCCGAAUCUUGAUAUUGAGCCUCCGGCCAUCUUUACUUCAGACUCAGCGGCUUCAGGACCUUGCAAGACAGGCCGAACUCUUCCUCAUGCUACCGCGAUGGUCUCGACUCCGGCCUCUAGUCAUGUUGAAUCAUCCGGUUUACUCGAUCUUGACUGGUCGAAUCAGACCAUACAGCAAGAGCAUCAUGAGCCAACGGGAAGUAGCAGCCUCCAAGACAGGAUGAAAGCUCAUAUCCUAGCCCAGCCCUCAGAAUUAGUGACACCACCAAGUACAACUGCUCCAGAUGGACCUGGAUUUGCCGAUGCACCUUGCGACGAGGACCCAGAAGGCCGCCCUCGCGAAGGUGACGGUGACCACGAGUCGGAGGACUCUGCCUAUCAUAUUUCAAUAUGUUCGCCUCCGGGUGUCGAGUGGGUGUCGCAUCAGAUUGGAAAGCCUGGCUUUGGUGCCAGUGCGAGACGGCUCUCCAUGGAUAUGAAGCGCAACGAGCGGCUGGAGAGAAUAUUUCACUCCACACGCACCACUGAGCCCGACAAACAGACGGCAUUCAAAUGGACUAAAGCUUACUUUGAGACUUGUGCUGAUUCCGUGUUCGGUAUCCUGGACCGGGCGGAAUUCGAGGCACAGCUUCGAACCCACUUCCAAGGCAGGUCACCAGCUUACCAACCAUCCUCGCUCGGGCAAGGAAAAGCUUGGUAUGCGCUUCGGAACACAAUAUACGCCCUGGGCUGUCGCGUAUCGCUGUCUCAAGAAGCCAGCCCUGCUGCGUUCGUCGAAUCAAGAACACGAUCGUGGCAAUACUUCGAAAAUGCUCUAGCAGUACACACUGAUCUCAUAUACGGUCGCGCGGAAGUGAUAUCUGUUCGGGCUUUAGUCCUAAUGGCUUUCUAUGCCGAGGCACUAGGAAGUCCGGCACUUGAAUACAUGCUUCUGUCCAAUGCGACUAGGUUGGCCCAAUCCAAGGGUCUGCACCUUGGUUGCCCGGAACCAAGCAGACCGCAUUCAGAAGAGGCUUUGUCUCGUCAAUGGCUGUGGUGGGUCCUGUAUGCAUACGAAAAGCACGUCGCCUACAGAUCAGGCCGCCCAUCGGCAAUCGAUGAAGACUAUGUCAACUGCCCUAUACCCGACACCACGGCAAUGGGGCCAGGCAACAGCCGCCCACACAGCGCCAACAUAGACUUUGUCAGGGCUACGAUAAAGCAUGCGCAGAUAUCGUCCGCCAUCUCCAAGCAGCUGAUAUCUGCAAAGGCCAUGCGAGACUCCCUCGAGACCACCAUGACUCACGUACAGGCCCUCGAGAAGCGCCUCGAUGACUGGCGGAAUUCACUGCAUCCGGAAUACUUAUCGUCGCCGCCGUUUUUCAAACACCUAGACCGCCCACGGCGGCCAGAAACACAAACGUCACAUAUCCUAUUCCUUCACUUCUGCUACCAUUCUUCUGUCAUCGCUAUCCAUGGGGUCUUCUGUUAUCCCUGGAACAGGCCGGACCUUCAGCAGAAACAGCCAAAACAGCAAAGACAGGACGGCCGUGCUUUGAAUAUUACCAACCCACAUAUACAAGCGCAGGUAGAACAGAGUACUAAGGCGGUGGCCGAGGCCUCGCGACAGAUUAUUCUAGCCGUUCAGGGCCUCGAGAUCACGUCGGCAAUGCCGUUGUGGCUCACGUUCUUUUUUCCGUUGGUCGGGAUGAUCAAUCUCUUUGUCUACAUUCUCAAGAACCCGCUCGCAUCCUCGGUGGCGAGUGACCUGUCACUUCUUGAUGUGGUUGUGGGACACUUUGGGUACCUGCAGUUUAUCUCCUCUUCUGAGCAUGUCUUCCCGUUCCCAAGGGAAAUUGCAGCCUAUGCACGACAAGCCGUCGAGGCAGCGACAGCGGAGAAGAACCGGCAGUCGUCCACUGCGGGAGCGCCUGAGAAGCAUCGGCAGCAUCUCAGACAGGGCCAUCAUCGAUUUGUGCAACCUCAACAGGCACCGCAGAUCGUACAGGACGGCGGUCUCUACGGCGGUUUUAUGAAUGGCCAGGAUAUGCUGCUACAGCAGAUGUCUACCCUUGCACCUGAGGGAACUGGUAUUGACUUCAGUUCGGGGAACGCAAGUAUUGACCUGCGAGAAGACUGGUAUGGAGCGGCUAUGCCGCCUCUUCCACACUUUGCGUCGUUUGGGAUGGGCACCAGCGAUAGCCAGACGGAAGAUGACGAUCUGGACUUUCUAAUUGAUGGAGGCGGGGAGUGUCAGCGAUGACGAUGACUCGUUGCCAAUAUCUUCCUCGGGGCCGCCUAAUGCAUUCAUGUUGACCUUACAUGGGUACAUUGACUCCUCAAGACGUUGCCCACUGAAUAGCUUUAAUUAAAAUCGCGAUCCAAUACUUAACAACGUACGGUCCUAAAUUAGUCGAGUAUACCGAGUAUCGUCAUGAAACGUGGCAGCGGCCCUCCUUCUCCACCCCUAGAGCACUUUCUGUGUUACAAAUUGAAUUUAUAAUCCGAUUUCUCAGAUCGACUCAGCGGAUGUUGCAUUCAAACAGCCUUGCAAGGUUCCUAGGGCCGUGGACGACUUGGCCACGUGCCCAGGUUCCUCGUGGGAACUGAGCCCGCGGAACGAAAUGGCCUGCCCCGCGG